CGAAUAGCGAUUCUCACUGUACCUGUGAAAUCUUCAACAAUGAACAGUCUAUCUUUACUCUUUUUGACCGCGUUGGUCCUAGUGACAUCUAACGUACAGUCAACGAAUGGGGCGAUUACCAUUGGAGGUAUUUUGUCUGGAUUGGGAGGAAGCUCUAGCUCAUCAACCACCGAAUCAUCUUCAAAAUCAUCAAUACUUGGAAGUAUAAUAUCUGGAUUGGGAGGAAGUUCUGAUGAAUCAGACGACGAUUCUUCAAGCUCAUCAGUAAUUGGAAGUAUAAUAUCUGGAUUGGGAGGGAGCUCUAACGACUCAUCAGUAAUUGGAAGUAUAAUAUCUGGAUUGGGAGGGAGCUCUAACGAUUCAAAUUCAAACUCAUCAAUCAUCGGAAGUAUAAUAUCUGGAUUGGGAGGAAGUUCUGAUGAAUCAGACGACGAUUCUUCAAGCUCAUCAAUAAUUGGAAGUAUAAUAUCUGGAUUAGGAGGGAGCUCUAACGGUUCAAAUUCAAGCUCAUCAAUCAUCGGAAGUAUUAUAUCUGGUUUGGGAGGAAGCUCUGAUGAAUCAGACGACGAUUCUUCAAGCUCAUCAAUACUUGAAAGUAUUCUAUCUGGAUUGGGAGGAAGCUCUGAUGAUUCAGACUCUUCAACAGUUCUAGGACGUAUUAUUUCUGCAUUGGACGGAAAUUCUACUGGCUCCGAUACAAUUUUAUCAACGAUUAUAUCCCGACUGGAAGGAAAAACAUCUAAUGAAACUUUAGUUAAAAGAAUAACUGAACGUGUUACAUCCCUAUUGGGAGGAAGUUCUAGUGAUUCUCUAAUCCAAAGAAUAGUAAAACGUAUUCUAUCCCUAAUUUUCGGAAGCAGCAGCAGUUCAUCUUCUAGCAACAGCACAAUAUUAGGAAGUAUCAUAAACCGAGGCAAGCGUGACGUAAGCGACGAGUCCAGUGACAACUCUGACUACAGUGAUGAAUAACCACGUUGCUACAUUUGAUUCAACAUUAUGAUAUUUAUAAUAAUAAAAUUAUGUGUAUAUUA